GACCCUCGUCCGGGUAGGGCAAGAUCCGAUCCGGAGCUACCUUACGGUCCUUCGCGGCUAUGGCCGCACGGGAGCCAGCUUGAGCUUCCCCUCUUUCUCCAUUAACUGCGGACGACUCAUAGCAAUCACUUUCCCCCUUUUAAGUCUUAUUUCGUUACUCCUCAUUAUUGAACAGCACUAGCUCUCUACGGUUCUACUACUAUGCCUGCCCAGCGGCCAACCUUACAAGUGGAGAUUAUGGUCGAGGUCACGCCGGAGCUGACCGUACGGACUCGUCAUCGACAAAAGAGCGGGGCCGUGUACUGUCAGGUAGAUCCCGGAAGGAUCUCAGCGGUCUGGCAUCAUCGGACCUCUUAGAUGGGGACUGUCGAGCUUCUUGUCUACAGAGUACGCGAAAUUUCAAAUAGGCCGCCGAUCCGAAGCGCGGCGUGGGAAUGCGAAAGACGUGUUCAGUACGAGAACGAGGCCCUAAUGCUCCAGUAUUGGGGCUUACUCGGAGGACGAGAACUAGCCGUAUACGACACGCAAAGGCGGAUUUUCCGGGUCCUCCGUUACAACUAUCUCACACUGCAGUACUUGGUGCAGUGGGUAGGCCACGCUGUGGACGAUGCUGUAUGGGUGUCGCAGGCAGAGAUGCUCAAAUGCACCAGCUGGCCGUUACUACAGACCCAGACAUGCCCAACUACAGAGCAUAUAGCUACGAAGGGGUACUAGUACAGGCACCGCAGUCGCUCAGUCAUUCUUUUGGAAGGAAAGAACUUCGCCUUCGUAUAUCUACUAGUGUCACUGACACUAGCACUAGCACUGCUCAUGUUAGCCCAGCCGCUAGUCUCAACUCAGA